UAAAUUCAUUUGAAACCAGAAAAAAUUUAAAUCAUCGUGCAUUUUGUCAUCCCACUGAAUUUCCAGAAAGUGUCGAAAGCCAACUAACUCACGAUCGUCAGUACGUUUUGUAUGAAUUUCAAAAUAACAGCUUGAUGUUUUCCUUUGUAUAGUAUGAAAUUUCCACAUCUCCUAAUACUCUUAAUGGCUGGAAUGAGUGCUUUUAUAGGGAUACUGGUAAUCAUUCCUAAACUGGGAGAACGGUCAAAAUUGUUCUGCUCAAGCGAAUUUCUUGACGACGCCAUAAAGACUCCUACAUCAUUUUGUGAAGCACAAGGUGCCUUAAUUCAGUAUGUCAGUUUUGUGAUCGGAGAGUUGUUCGUGAUCUACAAUGCGGUUUUGCUGAAGCGCCUUGUUAUCGACAAGCGCCCGAACGAAAGCCACAGCAGAACAUUCCUGGUAGUCUUGUUUCUAGUAGUAAUUGCACUUCCGAUAAUACCCGUCGUUUACGUGUUGAAAUUUGGCAGCAAUUACACUGUGGUUAAUUUACGAUAUUGCUUCCAAAAAAAUGCCGACGAAGGAUUUUACUCGUCUUUGUUGCCGCAACAGCUCUUCAUCAGUGUUGGAAUAACGUGCAUGAUGUUGGUGAUAUUCAAACUUAUCAAGGAAAGAAAAUCCAGUUUGAUAGGAUCUCCCAAUCAAGCGAGAAGACGUCAACUUCAGAUGCAAAAGAUCGCUUCCCAAUUCAUUAUGGUCAUAAUAUCAUAUAUCGUGUGUGUAUUUCUCACUUAUGGUCUGUUGUGUAUUCAACUCAGCAACAGAGAAGCAUACGAGAUGUCCUUGAAAAAAUAUUUCGGAUGCUUGUUCUUCAGUAACAACUGUCCAAGAGUGUUGACAGAAACAUACGAGUAUUAAGGCCAAAG